UGUUUUUCUCAUUCACCACUGCCUUCCCAUUCCGCUCUUCCCUAUUUUGGCCUUCCUUCCUUCUCCACCGCAUACCACCAUCGUUUCACUCUGCGUGUUUGAUUCCCCAAAGUUCGCCUUCAUGGGUCUCGCUCUUUCCCGGGAUUUGGUUUCUAGAUUCUUGCUUCCCUUCCUUUCCUCUAGGAAACUUUCUGUUGAUCUCUUCCCCAGGCAGUUAGAAAACAUGAUGUGCUUGGUCUCCCGUACCGGCAGGCAUUUGCAGCGUUACGACAAAGGCUGUCGCCAAGUCGUCGGAUGCAUUCCAUACAGAUACAGGGAAGCAAAUGUUGAGGGAACCCGUAAACAGGAAAUCGAGGUUCUCGUGAUUAGUGCUCAAAACGGCCAUGGAAUGCAGUUCCCAAAGGGAGGUUGGGAGAUUGACGAAUCCAUGGAACAAGCUGCCUUAAGGGAGACUUUAGAGGAAGCAGGGGUUGUUGGCAAGGUCGAAAGUAAAUUGGGUAAAUGGAAUUAUAAAAGCAAACGCCAAGCUACUGUACAUGAAGGAUAUAUGUUCCCUUUGCUUGUCAAGCAGCAGCUUGAGGAUUGGCCAGAGAAGAACAUCCGAAAGCGAAGAUGGAUGUCUGUGGCUGAAGCAAAAGAAGUUUGCCCACAUGCUUGGAUGAAGGAAGCUUUAGAUAUGUUGGUCACUAGACAAUCUCAAGUCAAGAAGAAAUAGAGUGGAAUGUCGAGUUAGAUGUACAUUGUGGGCAUUCUCUCAUGUUUAUGUAGUGUCCAAGCGACACAAGCACGGGGAUAUGACAUAUCAGCACAGAAAAUUUCAAAGUCAGGAAGAGGAAUAAUAGUUGCUGGAGUUCAUGGUUACUUCCUGGUCUUCAAUUUCCUAUGGGUGCUACUGAAAUUGCAGCCAUGGAAUGCAAGUUUGUGGGGUGAAGUUGAAGAGAUCUUGCAACGGAAAUCAGCUGUAGAUAUACAAAUUCAAUUCAUUCUUUCUUUCGUUCUUUGUAUUCUUUCAAUCUGAUUCUUUAUGUACAAUAAUAUCUGGUAUCAAUGAUAAUUCUAUGGCCACUUUGUCUA